AUGGCUACCAUCCACGGAGGUCGGGCCAAACAGUUUAAAAAAGACCGUGCAAGGUUUGCUGGUCAGCUUUCAAAGGCUAAGGCGGUGUCCGAGAAGCUGGCUAGAUCCUUUGAGGACCCUUCGAUCGGAGGACACGACUUGAAAGUGAUUCGACCCGAUUGGGCUACAUGGCCUUCCACCUCCAAAAAAGUACGACAUGGCACUUUGGUCACUUGUACCCAAUGCUGGAGGGCAAGUAAUGCUGAUUGGGACACACCUUGUGUGGGCCGUACGGGAAAACGUGGAUGGGCUCAAAAAGCUUUGUGGCAACGUCUCGUCAAGCAAGAAAAUGGUACUGACAACAUUCAGCUCUUGUUGGAUACCUGGAAUGCUACCAGGGAAGAAGUCAACGAAGUUAUGGGCUUGGAUCCUGGAGAUGUACGCCUAGGUGGUUACCGGGGCACUCGUGUUGGGGAGGCCCAAAACCCCGGCCCUUCAUCUACUUGCUCUGGGUUUCUGCUGUGGUCACUCAAUUGUCAAAGUCCCAAUGGGGCUUGGGCCUUCUUAGACUCCUGCAAAAACAUCCAAGAUCCGCUUGUUGUGGCCUUACAAGAAACUAGAUUCUCUACUACCGAAGAAGCUGCUUUUGUUCGGCAUGCCCUCAAAAGUGGAUUCCAUGUGCAAGCUACUCCUGGAAGCCCUGAUGUUGGUGGUCGGCCAAGAGGUGGUGUUCUCUGGAUGGUUGACAAACGUCUGAGAUUUCGUAAAUCGGUCAGCUCCUCUGCAGAAGAUGCUCAAGUUGGGACUGUUUGGGUCGAAAACUGGCUCCUCCUCAACUUUUACUCCCCUCCUGACCGAAGCAAGGAUGCCCAAAUGCAGGCAAGUGAAUUGCUCCAGGAGGCUUUGCUUGCUGAGGAUAUGCCUACGACUUGGAUAGCAGUGGGCGAUGCCAAUGAAACUCCAGCUGACAGCAGCAUCGCCCUGACUUUGAAUAGCUUUCAGGGCAUCGUGCUUGAGCAGGGCUGCCCUUCCCGUUGGGAAGGUCAAGCUGAACUUGAUUGGGCUCAAUGCUCUCAACCUUCAUUGGUUCAGCAGUUGCGGUUCAUGACGGAACACUUCAGCGACCACAAAUGUUUGGAGUGUUUUCUCCCUAUUAGGACCAAGGACCUUUCGUCAGGUUUUCUCAAGUCAAGACCUGAUUGGCACAAACCGGUGGCUGCCACUACUCAAUGGUGGCGUGAAACUUUGUCUCAAUGUUGGGAUGAUGCUCAGCCUUCUCGUCCUUGCGAUGUUACCUCUGGGAGCAUCGAUGACAAUUGGGACCGAUUCACUGGGGCCUUGGAGCAAAUGUUCCGAGCAGCAUUUCAGAUGGCUUUCGAAAGCAACCUUGCUACUCCGCAGGAACUGGCUAGAGCCUUGAGAAGCCCUGGCUCAAAAGGUUCGGCGCCAGUGUGGCGUCAGAGAACUUUGCCCCGUGCUGGGCCCAGAGGUCAGGGGUCUAUGCCACUUCGGAGACUCAGGCGAAGUGUCGCCCAACUUUAUGAACUGAGACGCCACCUUUCGAGAUCGGCUCGCACCAGCCUGCAAACUCAAGAAGCUCAGAAACUUGCUGAACGCCUCGGCUUCGGACGUGAUCUUCAUGCUCCUGGGUUGUUGGCCCGUGUUGCUCAGCAGUUGGCCUCUUCUAAAGCUCAGCUUUAUCAAGAACACCAGGAUGCUCGUAAACGAACGUUGAGGAAUUGGCAAAACGCUUUAAAGGACGACCCCAAAGCUUUGGGACGUUGGUUGCGAGCUCGGGACGUCUUUUCCGUGCAGCUGAUGGAGCAGCUGGUGGGGAUGGCUUUGCGGGUCGUGAACUUCGUCAUUUGCCUGAGGCUCUGGGGUACGGCGUGGAUGCGCUCACCCAGUGUGAAAGCUUGGAUGAGCACACUCCCCUCGUCCGUCGUUGCUGGCACGGGAGCAGAUAGUCUCUUUACUGCUGCACAGGUUUUUGCCAAACUGGGCCACCAACGCUAUGCAGGUAGCAUGGAUUUCACCAAAUGCUAUGACCUCAUGAUCCCAUGUGGUACGGCGGCCCUUCUCGAAGCCGGAGGAUGGCCACGAGGACUGGUUCAGGUCAUUGCUUAUAUGUGGCAGCACCAACAACGGUUGUUCCUUCGGUCCUCUGGCCUUGGCAGCUUGGAUGGCGGCAGGUGUUCGCGCUACUGA